CAACACUUCCUCUUCACUCUCCAAUUUCAUAGUACAACACACAUCAUUAAUCAUUAACUUAUGUAAACUCCAAUAAUCCUCCCCUUCCAAUAAUAGACCGUACCACAGACUUUUAUUUAUUUUUUUUUAUUUUAUUCACAUUUUCUUCAUCAUAUCAUCAACAUCAAAACAACAUCAACAAUUACUAACUAAUAACUCCAAUAUGCAUGUCCAAGAGAAGCAGCAACAAGAAAUAUUGUCGGAGACAGAGAGCACGGGAAGCCACCGGGGAACCCGAGUGGGCUUCAGUGGACCUCUGAGCGGCCCAAUAAUGACGAACCACAAGAAAAGUGGCAGCAGCAACAAGAACAAGAGCGAGAGAUUCUCCGACGAAGGCAACGAGCUGGUGGAGAUUACCUUGGACGUCCGGAAUGACUCUGUGAUCGUCCAAAACGUCCGACGUGGCGACUCGGAGACCACGUAUCUGGCAAGCCGGCUCGAGAAGCGACCAUCGUCGCUCGGGCAGCGGCUGAGGCAGGUGUCCCAGGAGCUGAAGCGCAUGACAUCCGCCCCCAAAGCCUUCGACAAAAUCGAUAGAAGUAAGUCGGGAGCGGCGCGUGCGCUUCAAGGCCUCAAAUUCAUGAGCAAGAGUGGUGUUGUUGGGAGUGAUGAGGGUUGGUUACAGGUUGAGAAGAGGUUCGAGGAGUUGAGUAUUGAUGGGAAGCUGAAUGCAAGAGUCAAGAGAGUUUGUUGGUGAGUUAUUUGAUGCGUUGGCUCGUCGUCGAGGAAUAACAUCAGCCUCCAUAACCAAGAACGAGUUGCGUGAAUUUUGGGACCAAAUUACAGAUCAGAGCUUUGAUUCAAGGCUUCAAACCUUCUUUGACAUGGUGGACAAGAAUGCUGAUGGACGAAUUACUGAAGAGGAAGUAAAAGAGAUUAUUGCAUUAAGUGCUUCAGCAAAUAAGCUGUUAAAAAUACAAGAUAGUACUGAGGAAUACGCUGCCCUUAUAAUGGAGGAGUUGGAUCCGGAAAACUUUGGAUACAUUGAGCUAAACAACUUAGAAAUGCUUCUUCUAGAAGCACCAGCAGAAUCAGCGCACAUAAAAACAGACAGCAGGGUCCUAAGCCAAAUGCUAAGCCAGAAGUUGGUGCCCACCAAAGAGCAAAACCCCGUGAAGCGCACCCUAAGAGCCCUCCAAUACUUCAUUGAGGACAAUUGGAAGCGUGUGUGGAUCUUGGCCCUCUGGCUAGCCAUCUGCUCCGCCCUCUUCACCUGGAAGUUCAUUCAGUACAAACACCGCGCCAUCUUCCACGUCAUGGGAUACUGCGUCACCACCGCCAAGGGCGGCGCCGAGACCCUCAAGUUCAACAUGGCCCUCAUCUUGCUCCCUGUUUGUAGAAAUACCAUCACUUGGCUUCGGAGUAAGACCAAGCUUGGUGUUGCUGUUCCCUUUGAUGACAACAUCAACUUUCACAAGGUGAUAGCAGUUGGGGUAGCAAUAGGAGUUGGGCUACACGCAAUUUCUCAUCUAACGUGUGACUUCCCAAGGUUGUUACACGCAACGGACGCAGAAUACGAGCCCAUGAAGCAGUUCUUCGGGGACAAGAGGCCCAACAACUAUUGGUGGUUUGUGAAAGGGACGGAGGGUUGGACCGGUGUGGUCAUGGUGGUGCUCAUGGCCAUAGCCUUCGUUCUUGCUCAGCCUUGGUUCCGUAGGAACAGGUUCAACCACCUACCGAAGCCCCUCAAGAAGCUCACUGGCUUCAAUGCUUUUUGGUACUCGCACCAUCUCUUUGUUAUUGUCUACGUGCUCUUCAUCAUUCAUGGCUACUUUCUCUACCUCACCAACAAGUGGUACAAGAAAACGACAUGGAUGUAUCUUGCUAUUCCCAUGAUACUAUAUGCAUGCGAAAGGUUAGUUCGGUUUUUCAGGUCUGGACACAAAUCUGUGAGGAUGUUGAAGGUUGCAGUUUACCCAGGAAAUGUGUUGGCAUUGCAUAUGUCUAAGCCACAAGGAUUCAAGUACACUAGUGGCCAAUAUAUUUAUGUUAAUUGCUUAGAUGUUUCCCCAUUUCAAUGGCAUCCCUUUUCUAUUACAUCAGCUCCCGGAGAUGACUACUUGAGUAUUCACAUUCGGACUUUGGGUGAUUGGACAUCACAGCUGAAGGUCGUUUUUGCCAAGGCUUGCCAACCUCCGAGUGAUGAUCAAAGUGGUCUCUUGCGAGCUGAUAUGUUACAAGGCAACAGCAUACCAAGGAUGCCAAGACUCUUGAUUGAUGGACCUUAUGGAGCUCCAGCACAAGACUACAAAAACUACGAAGUCCUGCUUCUUGUAGGGCUAGGAAUUGGUGCCACCCCAUUAAUUAGCAUUCUAAAAGAUGUUCUCAACAACAUCAAGCAACAACGAGACGAAGAACAAGGAGCGAAGAACAACAAAAAAAAGCCUUUUGCAACCAAGCGAGCCUAUUUCUAUUGGGUCACUCGCGAGCAGGGCUCGUUCGAGUGGUUCAAAGGGGUGUUGAACGAGGUUGCGGAGAAAGACAAGGAAGGUGUGAUUGAGCUCCAUAACUAUUGCACGAGUGUGUAUGAAGAAGGAGAUGCAAGAUCGGCUUUGAUCACAAUGCUUCAGUCACUUCACCAUGCAAAAAGUGGAGUUGAUAUAGUUUCCGGGACAAGAGUUAAGACACACUUUGCUAGACCUAAUUGGCGUAAUGUCUUUAAACAUGCGGCAAUCAAACAUCCAGAUUCAAGAGUUGGUGUGUUCUACUGUGGGACGCAUGCGUUGGUUAGGGAUUUGAAGAGACUUUCUCUAGAUUUCACAAGGAAAACCACUACUAAGUUUGAUUUUCACAAAGAAAACUUCUAGAAUAUUAUGCCAUGCUUCUAGUUCCGUUUUUCAAUUGUAACAUAAUAUAUAGGGUUAUCUACUUUUGUUGUAGAGAUAUAAUAUGGUUAGUACAUAAUAAA